AUUUGAUUGGAGGAGGAGUUUAAACACCCAUUGAAUGCAUUGAAUGAUUGAAUGGCAUUACAAACAAGUAUUGAUUAAAUUGUGUUUUGAAAGCGUUUAGCAAAACAAACAGUUAAACCACUGUUUGAAUCGGUGUUUGCAUUGACGUUGAGUUUGUGUCCAGAAGUAUGUCCCGACAGAAUGCCAAGAAUGUGGACGCGAAGAACAAAGUGAGUUGCGAUUUAUUUACACUCACUUACGGAUCACUUGUCGCGCAACUCAUCAAAGACUUUGACAAUACAGAAGAAGUGAACAAACAGUUGGACAGAAUGUACGGCCAGGGUUACAACAUAGGGUUGCGAUUGGUUGAAGACUUUUUGGCCAAAACCAAUUCCGGUCGCUGUCAUGACAUGAAGGAGACGGCAGACAAGAUUCAGUCGGCCUUCAAAAUGUAUUUGGGAGUCAACCCAUCGGUGGCCAACUGGUCCGCAGCCAACGACGAGUUCUCACUCCUCAUCGACAGCAACCCAUUGGCCGAAUACGUGGAACUGCCCGACCAUUUGUCUCAACUCAAGUACUCCAAUGUGAUCCCCGGUGUUAUCCGAGGCGCCCUCGAAAUGGUGCAGAUUGAAGUGCAGGUGUGGUUCGUACAGGACUUCCUCAAAGGCGACGCCACCACUGAAUUGAGAAUCAAAUUCAUUCGCAAAUUAGAGGACGCCUUACCCGCCGGUGAAGACUAAUGACAUCUUUUUAUACAUCACUUAUAUUAAAGAUCUUUAAUUUUAUAAUUUUUUAUUUAAAUUUAAAUAAUUCGUUAAGAAUUGGUUCGGUAUUUAAGAUAUCAUUUUCUCAAUUAAUAUCAAUUAAUCAUUUGUUAAUAAUAAUAAAAAACUAAAUCAAAAAUCAAAUAAAGUAUUUAAAUAGUUUAUCCAAACA